CUCCCAUCCUCCAGGGCCGACUCGCCGCGGGGCUGGAGGGGGUCAGGACGCCGCGACCUAGCUUAGCGACAGGCCUCUCCCCGGCGACGGCGCCGCAACAAGAUGGCGGACGACAGAGACAGGGACGGCACAGAGUUAGCUGUAGCAGAAUUUCACAAAAAAAUCAAAGAAGCUUUUGAAGUGUUUGACCAUGAGUCAAAUAGUACAGUGGAUGUAAGAGAGGUCGGAACAAUUAUCAGGUCAUUAGGAUGCUGCCCUAGUGAAGGAGAGCUACAUGAUCUGAUUGCAGAGGUAGAGGAAGAAGAACCCACUGGAUACAUUCGAUUUGAAAAAUUUCUACCAGUGAUGACUGAAGUGCUACUGGAAAGAAGAUGUAGACCAAUUCCGGAAGAUAUCCUUCUUCGAGCUUUUGAGGUAUUAGAUCCAGCUAAACGUGGAUUUCUUACUAAGGACGAACUGAUAAAGUAUAUGACUGAAGAAGCCUCCCUGCAGGUUUUGUAUCCAUGCAACCACAGUGACAGAGUUGUCAUCACAGAGAUGAUGAAGUCGGCAGGGGGAGCAGCUCUUGGAAUGAUCAGCCAGAGUGGGAGUGGGAUGUGCUAAGUGUGGGGUGUCUGUUAGCCAUCUAAGUGGAGAGGUCAAGAAGCGAGGUGGACAUAGGGGUCUGGAGUCAUGAAAGGGGUCAGGGCUAGAGACAUGAAUCCCCGGGAGUUAUCAAGAAAUGGACGUACUUAGAGCUGUGAGCUUAGAUGAGACCACCAAGCAGGGAGAGUGGAUGGAGAAGAAGAGAGGACCAGGGACUGAACCCUGCGUGCUCCAUCCCCAAGAGGGCAGGAAGAGAGAGAGAACUGGCAGAGGUGACCCAGGGAGUAACCAGUGAGGUGGGGGAACAGGAGGGAGUGUGGGAUCUGGGAGGAAAGGGUGACCAGCUGUGCCAAAAUGGAACGUGCCUGGUACCUAACAAAGGCCCCAUGAUUAGGAGCCUGUUCUGGUUUUUAUUAAUACCAUUGUUGAGAGGAGGGAGAGAGCAGAGAAUAAAACUUCAUGCAUCAAAA